UGACACAGCCUGGCCAUGGCCACCAUCGCGCUCGCCCUGUUCCUGGCGGGCUGCCCGCUCCUGCGCUGGACGGCUGCCUCUGCCGUCCAGAAUCUGAGCAGCGUGAUGGACGCCAGCGGUCACUGCGUCUGCACCGUCAUCCUGCCCGACGACACCUUCCCCCUGCAGCGGAUCGAGCUGCUGGAGACGUCGGCCCGCAACUUGACCUUCCGCGUGCAGUGGGAGAUGAAGAAGCUCCAGGAAUAUGGGCAGCGCCUGGCGUGGUACGAGGCCAAGCUGCAGAACGCCAGCCGCCGGCUGCAGCUGCUGGAGGUGGGCGACCUGACCCCCGCCGAGCUGGCCUUCCAGGAGCUGCGGAAGGAGAUCGGCGAGAUGGAGUCCUUCGUGGGCCACCUCCGCUCCUCCCUCAACGGGAGCGACUCCACGGUGGAGGUGGUGCACCGGGAGCUCCAGAACAUGUCGGUCACCGUGAGCGCCCUGGAAUCCUACGACAAGAACCAGGUGGUGGCCAUGAGGCGGGAGCUGACCACGCUCAAGCAGCGCCUGGAGGACUGUCAGAAGGGCAAGCCGCUGGUGGGACGGCAGCCGCCGAUCGGCACGUGCAACCACCAGGGGAUCUGGCGCCUCAGCAAGCCCUCGGUGGUGCAGCUCAACUGGCGGGGCGCGAGCUACAAGGCCGGGGCCUGGGGCAAGGAGUCGUCCCUGCACGCCUGGCGGAAGAAGCGCUACUGGGUGGCCCCCCUGAACCUGGACGGCCGGCGGCUGGACUCGGUGCGUCUCUACCGCUCCUACCAGGACCUGCUGCUGUCCCGGAACCCCACGGACCAGCUGAUCCCGGGCUUCGGGCAGGGGGCCGGGCUGGUGCUGCACAACGGCUCCUUCUACUUCAACUGCUACAACGCGCGGGACCUCUGCCGCCUGAACCUGGAGAGCGGGGCCGUGGACCGCAGGGCGGUGCCCGACGCCACCUUCAACAACCGCUUCUCCUACGCGGGCACCAGCUGGCAGGGCCUCGACCUGGCCGCGGACGAGAGCGGGCUCUGGGUGCUGCACACCACCGAGCGCAGCGAAGGCGACAUCGUCAUCGGCCGCCUCGGCCCCGGCUCGCUGGCCCUGGAGAAGACCUGGCAGACCUCCCAGUACAAGCCAGCGGCCACCAACACCUUCAUGGUGUGCGGGGUGAUGUACGCCACCCGGGCGGUCAGCACCCGGCGCGAGGAGAUCUUCUACGCCUACGACACCCGCACGGGCCGGGAGAGACGCCUCAGCCUGCCGCUGGAGAAGGUGACGGAUGUCGUGCAGUCGCUGAGCUACAACCCCGGCGACCACAAGCUCUACAUGUACAGCGAUGGCUACCUGCUUAGGUACAACGUCCUCUUCCGGCCCUAGCGCCCGGCCGUAGGGCCAGCGCCCAGCGCAGGGGGGCCUUCCGCCCUCUCCAUUCCCGCCGUCCCCCCUCCGUCCCCUCUCCACCUCCUUCCCCCCCGUUCCGUUCGCCCGCAAGCUCCGCUCCACCCCUUCCCUUUCCCCUCUUCCCCCCCUUCCCUGCCCCUUGCUCCCUGGAUCCUUUCGCUCCUUCCCGCCCUCUUCCCCAGCCGCUGCCCCGCUUCCUCCUCUCCCACCUCCCGCUGCGUCACUAAACAAAACCAACGUGAUUUUUGUCUCUUUAACCUCCUGGCUAUAUCUAAGUUUGCUCAAGGGCCGAGAGGGAGAUUCCCCCUCCCAGCUCCUGGGCUUUGCCUCCUUCCCCGAUUGGGUUUCUGCCACCCCAUGCAAUGCAAGCGCGGGUGGGGUUGCGAUCUCGGCUCCUGAUUCCCCUUUACCCUAAAUCCCCUGCCCGUGGCUGGAUUGGGGUAAAGGGACCAGAACGGACAAUCAGAGCUUUGAGGUUUCCGGGUCAUUUGUUCUCUUGGCUUUACAUUCAUCCCAUUGCCUCACUGGCGUUACAGCCAGGACCAGGUCGGCUCCGGGAUUUGGGGGUUAGUGAUUCCACUUCUCUUGAGUUUUCUGAGGCCCCAUGGGAGCCUGAUUUUGCCUAGAACUUCCCAGUAGUGAAUAAACGUGAUCAUCUGACUGCA